UCACGCUACACACACACCAGUGAUGAACUUACACUCACAGUAUCAGAUUUGCCCACAGCUAAACUCACUGUACAUCCAGAAACAUCUGUUUUCACUGGAGAGACAGUGAUCAUGAAGUGUGACAUUGAGUCUGAUUACAGUAACUGGAGAUAUGAGUGGUAUAAAGACAGAACUGUCGUGUCUGAGUCUGAGCGUUACACUGUAAACACAAACACUCUCACUAUCAGAGGAGCUACUGAGUCUGAUCAACAUCAGUUCUGCUGUCGAGGAAAGAGAGAUGGAAGACCAGCAACAUCACAGAACACAAGUGUUAUUCUUUCUGUUAAAGACUCAAAGCUCAAUCCUGAACUCACAUCAGAUACUGCAGGAGCUGCACUGACAGGAAACACGGUGACUCUGAUCUGUCACAUGACUCAGACCGCUGGAUGGGACUUUUACUGGUACAAACACACACAGAACUCUGAGAAAAACAAGACAGAAACAAACUCCUACAGAGUCCAUAUUGAUUCAGUGUCUGAUGGAGGUCAGUACUGGUGUAGAGCUGGAAGAGGAGAACCAGUUUACUACACAAACUACAGUGAUGCAUUGUGGGUCAAUGUCACAGUGUCAGCAGAUCAGAUUCGUGUCUUACACACUCUCAGUUCUCUUCUGGCAGUUUGUCCAUAUCUGAUGGCGACAGUCGUGCUGGUGUUCAAAUGCUACAGAGCGAGAGUUUCAUCUGUUGAAGAUCAAAGUCAGUUUGCAGUAACAGAGGAAGAAACUUCAAUCUGAAUCUCUUUAAAAACGUUCAGAAGACUUUUCUUACAUUCCUGUUCAUUAUUUCACCAUGUUUCAUUUGUUGUAGAAUUGAUUUCUCAUUCAUAUGAUUUUAAAACAUUGUAUUUUGUGUUUCUGCUUUUCUAUGAUUUCUAUUUGAAUCUAUUACUUGAAUAUUUCCUGUUUCAUGUUCAAAUAAUGAAUAAGAGCAGAAACACUUUAGUUUUAUUCUGAUCUAGUUUUAUUGUGUGGAUUUGUGUGUGAUCUGAUGUUUCCUACUUUAAAUAAGUGUGUCUUUGUGUUUGAAAUAUUCUGGACUUUAUGCUUUCUUACAGAUUUAAAUACUAUCUUAAACUCUUGAUUAUUAAUGUCAUAAAUAUAU